AUGUCUGAUACAAAAGAAAUAAGCGCCCCGGGCGCCAUGAAAUACCAGAGAGUCGCAUCACAACCUGAGAAUCCAUUCUCACAACUCAUCCCGAACCAAGAAAUCGCAAUCAUUCCUUCAUUCGCCCUUGAAUCAGGCGAUAUCCUAUAUAAUGUACCCGUUGCAUACACUACCCGAGGGCAACUCAACGAAAACGGGGAUAAUGCUCUAGUGAUCUGUCACGCACUAAGCGGAAGUGCCGAUGUCGCGGACUGGUGGGGUCCCCUCCUCGGAGGACCAGGCCAAGCAUUCGAUACCACUCGCUUCUACGUUAUUUGCCUGAACAGCUUGGGUAGCCCGUAUGGAAGUGCUAGUGCCGUUACGAAUAGGGACGGUGACCCUACGAAAGGCCGAUAUGGACCCGAGUUUCCAUUGACGACUAUCCGGGAUGACGUGAGAAUUCAUAAGUUAGUCCUUGAUGACUUGGGCGUCAAACAGAUUGCGGCUGUCGUCGGAGGAUCCAUGGGAGGAAUGCUUACAUUGGAAUACGCUUACUUCGGUAAAGAUUACGUUCGAUGCAUCGUUCCAAUCGCUACAUCUGCUCGCCAUUCCGCAUGGUGCAUUAGUUGGAGUGAAGCCCAACGCCAAUCCAUCUACAGCGACCCUAAAUAUGAAGACGGUUACUACGCUUUUGACGACCCACCAGCUACCGGCUUAGGUGCUGCUCGCAUGUCAGCUCUCUUGACAUACCGCAGCCGCAAUUCUUUUGAGUCGAGAUUUGGCAGGAAUGUACCAGACCCAUCGAAGCGACAAAACAUCAACUGCGCAGCAGGGCCUCCAUCGCCCCCAAGUGAUCACUGGGCUGUUCACAACGACGGUCACAAGAGCUCUCGCCCUUCUCGUGCGCCCAGUCAGACUGGUUCACCUAAGAUACCAACCGAGAUUGAGUUUACCGAUCCCCAGUUCAACGGCGCCACGACAUUUACAGCGCCCCUGCCAACACCAAAAAAUUCUCGUCCUUCGACGUACUUUUCUGCUCAAUCGUACCUUAGAUAUCAAGGAGAAAAAUUUGUUAAGAGGUUUGAUAGUAAUUGCUAUAUUGCAAUUACUCGAAAGCUCGAUACACAUGAUGUCUCGCGCCACCGCGCAAGCCCUGAUUCAGCGACCCCUGUGCUAGAUGCUUUGUCGCAAAUUGAGCAGCCUGCAUUGGUCAUGGGAAUUGAAAGUGACGGUCUGUUCACGUUCGAGGAACAACAAGAAAUCGCAGCAGGUAUUCCAGAUUCACGACUGAAGAAGAUUGAUAGCCCUGAAGGCCAUGACGCUUUCCUUCUCCAGUUUCAACAGGUCAACACGUACAUUUUGGAAUUUUUUAGAGAGGUGUUGCCGGAUAUUAUGUCAAAACCUGGUGAUGCUGGCAUUGUUGCCACAGACGGUGUAGGAGAGUUGACGAAGAGCAGCACUUUUGGUGAAGCUGAAGUCGAGGACAUUACUGCUUGGUGA